GAUCCCGUCUGCGCCAGGAGGACUCCCCGCCCCGCAUCGUGGAGCAUCCCUCCGACCUGAUCGUGUCCAAGGGGGAGCCGGCCACCCUCAACUGCAAGGCGGAGGGGCGGCCCACCCCCACGGUGGAGUGGUACAAGGACGGGGAGCGCGUGGAGACGGACAAAGACGACCCCCGCUCUCACCGCAUGCUGCUGCCCAGCGGCUCCCUCUUCUUCCUGCGCAUCGUCCACGGACGACGCAGCAAACCGGACGAGGGCUCCUACGUGUGUGUCGCCCGCAACUACCUGGGGGAGGCCAUCAGCCGCAAUGCUUCCCUGGAAGUAGCAU